CUCAAUCACCUUGUUUAACGCUUCAAUUGUCACACCAAAGUUCAAGAUGAAUCCAGCUGGUUCUGAGAUUACGGAAUGUUAUUUUGAAUGUAUUUGUGAGCCGAAACAUAGAGAAAAAGGAAGCAAUAUGUUCAAGCAACAAGAUGAUUAUCAGGCUGAAUCGCCAGUUCUUUCGUUGAAAAAAAGAACACAACUUCUCCGAGAAAUAACCUUAAAACUACCGGAAGAUUUGAUGAAUAAAGUAAAAGAAAUGGCAGCAAACACUCAUGAAAAGGAUCUCAUGUUGCCAAGCAUGGAACAAUACUUAUGGUGGAGCAAUGGAUAUCCAACAUUUGAAUGCCCUUCUUAUGUUUUCGAACCCGAAUGGAUCGAUGGAGGUCUCAUUUCAAUGCAAAGAUUAGAGUGCCGAAAUCCUGAACAACUGAAACAUUUACCCGGAAUUGUAACGUAUGCAAUCUCAUGUCUAGACUAUUACGCUCCAAAAUACCUAACAACAUACAUUUCAUCAACAUUGCUAGAAAGAUCAAGAGACGAUCCUUUAAAAGUUUAUUAUCCUUAUCAAGUGUGGGAAUUUCGGCCUUCUUGUAAUGUGGGUUCAGGAUUUGGUAUCAGGUUACCUGAUCCGUGUAAUGAUAAUGCGGAGAGGUGGCAGAAUUACUGGUCUGCUCCUUUGGAUUCAAGAAUUCAGAGAGCUUGUGCAUUUGUGGAUCAACUGAGAGAAAGUUUAAGGAAAACAGAUAGAGCAUGGCUGCUUUUUGAUGGAAGAAGAAUAGUCGUGCUGCCUAAAGAAUGGGUAGUUUCCAUUGACAGGAGGAGGACCAGGAUUAAAGGCUGCAAAAUGUUGUUGAGACAAUUUCAAGAAGAACCCCGGAGUUUGAAUUUACCCCCAUAUGUCAUAGAUGAAUACAUAAAAAGGACAAAAAUACAUACAUGA